AUGUGCUUCAUCUUCACGUGCGGCGAGCACACCUUCCGCAAGGAGGUCGAGGGCUACGAGGGCAUCGUCUGCCGGUGCUACAACUGCGGAAACUACAGCGGCCACGUCAUCAAGAGCCACCCGUGGUUCACCUUUUGCUUCAUCCCCGUCAUCCCGCUCUCCAUCCACGGCUACGAAGACGUGACCUGCCACGUCUGCAACUUUGCGCAGCCCCUCGACCACAGGCAGGACGUGCAGGCGAUGCGAGGCGGAGGAGGCGGAGGAGGAGUACCGUUGCAACAACAACAGGGGCCGCCGCCGGGUCAGUACGGCCAGGGCCCUCCGCCGGGAUGGGGCGGGGGGCCGCCGCCGCCACAUGGGCAGUCACCAGGACCGAAUGAGCCGAUGAGGUAUGGGUGA